CCCCCGUCGGCCCGCGGGCGGAGGUCCCGAACCUAACCCCCACUUUCCACAUCCGGAUCCGGGCUCCUCCCCCCAAGAACAGGGUUCUGGGCUCCUCCCCCUAAGACCGCCCAUCCGGCCUCCUCCCUCAACGCUUGGAAUCUGACCCUUUCUCCUUAAUACCGCUGACCCGGCUCUUAAUAACCCAUAUUCAGACCCGAAAACCAUGGGCUGACUCCCAGCCCGCUAAAGCCAGGUAUCCAGGCCACCUCCCCCACGGUCCGCAGCCUGGGAAAAGAUGGAUCCUCGGCCCCUGACGGGCCUGGUACUAGCUGUUCUCUGGGGCCUUAGCCUCUUCUUGAGUCUCCCAAGCCCCGUCCGGCCCCAGCCCUCUCCACCUCCUCAGUUUUCUCCUCAGCCUGAGCCUCAUCCCUGUCAUAUCUGCCGGGGGCUGGUCGACAGCUUCAACAAGGGCUUGGAGAGAACCAUCCGGGACAACUUUGGAGGUGGAAACACUGCGUGGGAGGAAGAGAAGUUGUCCAAAUACAAAGACAGUGAGACCCGCCUGGUAGAGGUGCUGGAGGGCGUGUGCAGCAAGUCGGACUUCGAGUGCCACCGCCUGCUGGAGCUGAGUGAGGAGCUGGUGGAGACCUGGUGGUUUCACAAGCAGCAGGAAGCCCCGGACCUCUUCCAGUGGCUCUGCUCAGAUUCCCUGAAGCUCUGCUGCUCCCCAGGCACCUUUGGGCCCUCCUGCCUUCCCUGUCCUGGGGGCACAGAGAGGCCCUGUGGUGGCCACGGGCAGUGUGAAGGGGAAGGGACACGAGGGGGCAGCGGGCGCUGUGACUGCCAAGCUGGCUAUGGGGGUGAGGCCUGCGACCAGUGUGGCCUUGGCUACUUUGAGGCGGAGCGCAACGCCAGCCAUCUGGUAUGUUCGGCCUGUUUUGGCCCCUGUGCCCGCUGCUCAGGACCUGAGGAAUCAAACUGUCUGCAGUGCAAAAAGGGCUGGGCCCUGCAUCACCUCAAGUGUGUAGACAUUGAUGAGUGUGGCACAGAGCGAGCCAACUGCAGAGCUGACCAGUUCUGCGUGAACACGGAGGGCUCCUAUGAGUGUCGAGACUGUGCCAAGGCCUGCCUGGGCUGCAUGGGGGCAGGGCCGGGCCGCUGUAAGAAGUGUAGCCCUGGCUACCAGCAGGUGGGCUCCAAGUGUCUCGAUGUGGAUGAGUGUGAGACAGAGGUGUGUCCGGGAGAGAACGAGCAGUGCGAGAACACGGAGGGCAGUUAUCACUGCGUCUGUGCUGAGGGCUACAAACAGAUUGAGGGCAUCUGCGUGAAGGAGCAGAUCCCAGAGUCGGCGGGCUUUUUCUCGGAGAUGACAGAGGAUGAGCUGGUGGUGCUGCAGCAGAUGUUCUUUGGUGUCAUCAUCUGCGCACUGGCCACGCUGGCUGCAAAGGGCGACUUGGUCUUCACUGCCAUCUUCAUUGGGGCCGUGGCUGCUAUGACUGGCUACUGGCUGUCAGAGCGCAGCGACCGUGUGCUGGAGGGCUUCAUCAAGGGCAGAUAAUCCCUGCUGCCCCCUGCAGGACCUCCUCCCACCCUGGCUGCCCCCAGAGGCCGGGCUUCUUUCCUGCCUGGACACUAGGGGCAGCUUGAUGUAUUUUUUGAGAGUGGGGUGAGUACCCCACCCACCCACCCUGCAGAGCAACCCAGGGACCCAGGCCUGGGCAGGCAAGGCUUCUGGGGUAAAAAAGUAUUCCUGAGGGUGGAUGCCCUGGGAUCUCAGCCUGGGGGCAUUAGGCAGGCUUCCCAAUGUGUGAAAUUUUAAAAAUUAAGAUUCUCCUUAUGGUGGCUACUAUUGAGCUUUGGUCCCUGCCCAGGAUGAGGGGGGUCUGGGUAGGGUUGGGGCCAUGGCAGCCCCCUCUUGCCUGCCGCUUGCUGCCAGCUCCUAUUCCAUACUCACCCUCCCCUCAGCCAUGGAUUUAUUUAUUCAUCUCAGGAAAUAAAGGUCUUGGAAAAAGGA